CUCCCUCUCUGGCCCGGUCCGGCCCAUCCCCCUCCCCGCCGGCUCCCUGAGGCCCAGCCGGGUCGGGCUGCGGGCGGCCGGGCGCCGACGGCCGGACUGACGGGCACACACGAAGACGGACGGGCGGACACACGGAGGGCCGCGGGCACGCACGGCCCGGGCCGGUGCUCCGAGGCCCGCCCGAGAGGGCUGGGGCCGCGCUCAGAAUUUUUAUUUGGCUGCUACCUUGAAAUACAAGCCCUAAAAAUGCCAACUUGUUUGGACUUAGAAGAUGACCUGGAUAAAUGAUAAAAAUUAAGAAAGACAUUUUGGUUUUUUUAUUGUCCAUUUGGCAUAUGCUUCUGGAAUAAUAUUCACCAUGGUUUUGGAUGACCUUCCAAACUUAGAAGAUAUCUAUACUUCCUUGUGUUCAUCAACAGUGGAAGACUCAGAGAUGGAUUUUGACUCUGGGCUAGAAGAUGAUGACUCAAAAAGUGAUAGUAUUUUGGAGGAUUCCACAAUCUUUGUGGCCUUCAAGGGAAAUAUAGAUGAUAAAGACUUCAAGUGGAAAUUGGACACCAUACUGGAAAACGUGCCCAAUUUGUUACACAUGGAAUCCAGCAAGCUAAAGGUACAGAAGGUGGAGCCCUGGAACAGCGUGCGUGUAACAUUCAACAUCCCCCGGGAAGCAGCAGAGCGGCUACGGAUCCUGGCUCAGAGCAACAACCAGCAGCUUCGGGAUCUGGGAAUUCUCUCCGUUCAGAUUGAAGGGGAAGGUGCUAUCAACCUGGCUUUGGCUCAGAACCGAAGCCAAGAUGUGAGAAUGAAUGGACCCAUGGGAACUGGAAAUCCAGUUAGGAUGGAGGCAGGAUUUUCCAUGGCAGGUGGUCCAGGAUUAAUAAGGAUGAGCAGCCCUGCCACUGUUAUGAUAUCCCAAGGUGGAAACAUGUCAUCUUCCAUGAUGGCACCAGGCCCCAAUUCAGAACUGCAGCCCAGGACUCCUCGCCCUGCUUCUCAGUCAGAUGCAAUGGAUCCACUCCUCUCUGGGCUACAUUUACAGCAGCAGAGUCAUCCCUCAGGAUCUUUAGCUCCCCCGCACCACCCAAUGCAGCCCGUCCCUGUGAACAGACAGAUAAACCCAGCUAAUUUUCCCCAGCUGCAGCAACAGCAGCAGCAGCAGUUGCAGGCAAGACCCCCACAGCAACAUCCGCAGCAACAGCCACAGGGAAUUCGACCCCAGUUUACUGCCCCAACUCAGGUGCCUGUUCCUCCAGGCUGGAACCAGCUGCCUUCUGGAGCCCUUCAGCCUCCUCCAGCCCAGGGUUCUCUGGGCACAAUGACUGCAAAUCAAGGGUGGAAGAAGGCUCCCUUGCCUGGCCCAAUGCAACAGCAACUCCAGGCAAGACCAUCCUUAGCCACGGUACAGACACCUUCCCACCCUCCCCCUCCAUAUCCCUUUGGCAGCCAGCAAGCCUCACAAGCCCAUACAAACUUUCCUCAGAUGAGCAAUCCAGGCCAGUUCACAGCUCCUCAGAUGAAGAGCUUGCAGGGAGGGCCCUCCAGGGUCCCAACCCCCCUGCAGCAGCCCCACCUCACCAACAAGUCUCCUGCUUCCUCACCCUCCUCCUUCCAGCAGGGAUCCCCUGCAUCCUCCCCAACGGUUAACCAAACUCAGCAGCAGAUGGGACCAAGGCCACCUCAAAAUAACCCACUUCCCCAGGGAUUUCAGCAGCCCGUCAGCUCUCCGGGUCGGAAUCCUAUGGUUCAACAGGGAAACGUGCCACCUAACUUCAUGGUGAUGCAGCAGCAGCCACCAAAUCAGGGGCCACAGAGUUUACAUCCAGGCCUAGGAGGAAUGCCUAAACGCCUCCCACCUGGCUUCUCAGCAGGACAGGCCAAUCCGAACUUUAUGCAAGGUCAGGUGCCUUCGACCACAGCAACUACCCCUGGGAAUUCAGGAGCCCCUCAGCUGCAAGCAAAUCAAAAUGUCCAGCAUGCAGGUGGUCAAGGAGCUGGUCCUCCUCAAAACCAGAUGCAGGUGUCCCACGGGCCACCAAAUAUGAUGCAGCCCAGCCUCAUGGGAAUUCAUGGCAACAUGAACAGCCAACAGGCUGGUAGUUCUGGGGUUCCUCAGGUGAACCUGGGCAACAUGCAAGGCCAGCCCCAGCAGGGCCCACCAUCUCAGCUGAUGAGCAUGCACCAGCAGAUCGUGCCCUCCCAAGGCCAGAUGGUCCAGCAACAAGGAACCUUGAACCCUCAGAACCCUAUGAUCCUUUCAAGGGCCCAGCUUAUGCCGCAGGGUCAGAUGAUGGUGAAUCCUCAGAGCCAAAAUCUUGGGCCCUCACCCCAGAGGAUGACCCCACCCAAGCAGAUGCUUCCCCAGCAGGGCCCACAAAUGAUGGCGCCACAUAACCAGAUGAUGGGGCCUCAGGGGCAAGUUUUGCUCCAACAGAACCCGAUGAUAGAGCAGAUCAUGACCAAUCAGAUGCAGGGGAAUAAGCAACAAUUUAACACUCAGAACCAAUCCAGUGUCAUGCCGGGACCAGCACAGAUAAUGAGGGGACCAACUCCAAAUAUGCAAGGAAACAUGGUGCAGUUUACGGGACAGAUGUCAGGACAGAUGCUGCCCCAGCAAGGGCCCGUGAACAACAGUCCAUCUCAGGUUAUGGGGAUUCAGGGGCAGGUCUUGCGGCCACCAGGGCCCAGCCCACACAUGGCCCAGCAGCAUGGCGAUCCUGCUACUACAGCAAAUAAUGAUGUCAGCUUGUCUCAGAUGAUGCCUGAUGUUAGCAUGCAACAAACCAACAUGGUCCCCCCGCAUGUGCAGGCCAUGCAGGGAAACAGUGCCUCGGGGAACCACUUCUCAGGCCAUGGGAUGCCUUUCAGUGCACCUUUCAGUGGAGCACCCAAUGGAAAUCAGAUGUCCUGUGGUCAGAAUCCAGGCUUCCCGGUCAAUAAGGAUGUCACGCUAACAAGCCCAUUGUUGGUCAACUUAUUGCAGAGUGAUAUCUCUGCAGGCCAUUUUGGGGUAAACAAUAAGCAAAAUAAUACCAACGCAAAUAAACCGAAGAAGAAGAAACCCCCUCGGAAGAAGAAAAAUAGUCAGCAAGAUCUAAACACCCCAGAUACUCGCCCAGCUGGUCUGGAAGAAGCUGAUCAGCAGCCAUUGCCUGGAGAACAAGGAAUUAACUUGGACAACUCAGGCCCUAAACUGCCAGAAUUUUCAAACCGACCACCAGGUUAUCCUUCUCAGCCAGUUGAACAGAGGCCACUUCAGCAGAUGCCUCCUCAGCUCAUGCAGCAUGUGGCACCCCCACCACAGCCACCACAGCAGCAGCCACAGCCACAACUGCCACCACCGCCGCCGCAGCAGCCACAACCUCCCAGUCAGCCACAGUCUCAGCAGCAGCAACAGCAGCAGCAGCAACAAAUGAUGAUGAUGCUCAUGAUGCAGCAGGACCCCAAAUCAGUCAGGCUUCCCGUCUCCCAGAGUGUCCAUCCCCCAAGGGGCCCCCUGAACCCAGACUCCCAGAGAAUGCCCAUGCAGCAGAGUGGCAGUGUGCCUGUCAUGGUCAGUUUGCAAGGACCUGCCUCCGUGCCGCCAUCACCUGAUAAACAGAGAAUGCCAAUGCCUGUGAAUACUCCUUUGGGAAGCAAUUCAAGGAAAAUGGUAUACCCGGAGAACCCCCAGAAUCCUUCCAGCUCGCCACUGGGAGAGAUGUCCUCGCUCCCUGAAGCAAGUGGCAGUGAAGUACCAUCUGUCUCGGGAGGCCCAAAUAACAUGCCUUCACAUUUAGUAGUUUCCCAGAAUCAGUUAAUGAUGACAGGGCCAAAACCUGGACCAUCACCCCUUUCAGCAGCUCAAGGUGCAACUCCCCAGCAGCCCCCUGUAAAUUCCCUGCCCAGUUCUCAUGGCCACCACUUUCCAAAUGUGGCUGCUCCAACCCAAACAUCUAGGCCUAAAACACCAAACAGAGCCAGCCCCAGACCCUAUUAUCCUCAGACACCCAACAACCGCCCUCCCAGCACAGAACCUUCAGAAAUCAGUCUGUCACCAGAAAGACUCAAUGCCUCCAUAGCAGGACUCUUCCCCCCACAGAUUAAUAUUCCCUUACCUCCCAGGCCAAAUUUAAACAGGGGCUUUGAUCAACAGGGCCUAAAUCCAACAACUUUGAAGGCCAUUGGGCAAGCACCUUCAAAUCUUACCAUGAAUAAUUCUUCCAAUUUUGCUGCCCCACAAACUCACAAAUUAGAUUCUGUGGUGGUGAAUUCUGGAAAGCAGUCUAAUUCUGGAGCAACAAAACGGGCAAGUCCAAGCAACAGUCGCAGGUCUAGUCCUGGGUCAAGUAGGAAAACCACCCCAAGUCCUGGGAGACAAAAUUCAAAAGCCCCUAAACUUACUCUGGCCUCUCAAACAAACGCAGCCCUGUUGCAAAAUGUGGAGUUGCCAAGAAAUGUACUGGUCAAUCCCACUCCUUUGGCCAAUCCCCCUGUACCUGGGAACUUCCCUAACAACAGUGGGCUGAAUCCUCAGAAUUCUACCAUGCCUGUGGCUGCAGUGGGAGGUGUUCUCGAGGAUAACAAGGAGAGCUUGAACGUGCCUCAGGACAGCGAUUGCCAGAAUUCCCAGGGUAGGAAGGAGCAGGUAAAUGUUGAGCUAAAAGCGGUCCCUGCCCAAGAAGUUAAAGUAGUUGUCCCUGAAGAUCAAUCCAAAAAAGAUGGGCAACCUUCGGAUCCUAACAAGCUUCCCAGUGUCGAAGAGAACAAAAAUUUGGUGUCUCCUGCUAUGAGGGAAGCACCAACAUCGUUAAGUCAACUUCUUGACAACUCUGGAGCUCCUAAUGUGACCAUUAAACCCCCUGGGCUUACAGAUCUGGAAGUGACACCUCCAGUAGUUUCUGGGGAGGACCUGAAAAAAGCAUCUGUCAUUCCCACACUGCAGGAUCCGUCUUCUUCUAAAGAACCCUCUAAUUCCCUAAAUUUACCUCACAGUAACGAGCCGUGUUCAACCCUUGUGCAUCCAGAAAUGAGUGAGGUCAGUUCCAGUGUUGCACCAAGCAUCCCUCAAGUAAUGUCAAGACCUGUCAGCUCUUCCUCCAUUUCCACCCCUUUGCCCCCAAAUCAGAUAACUGUUUUUGUAACUUCCAAUCCCAUCACAACUUCAGCUAACACAUCAGCAGCUCUGCCAACUCACUUGCAGUCUGCAUUAAUGUCAACAGUCGUCACAAUGCCCAAUGUGGGUAGCAAGGUUAUGGUUUCUGAGGGACAGUCAGCUGCUCAGUCAAAUGCCCGGCCUCAGUUCAUUACACCUGUCUUUAUCAAUUCAUCCUCAAUAAUUCAGGUUAUGAAAGGAUCACAGCCAAGCACAAUUCCUGCAGCCCCACUGACAACCAACUCUGGCUUGAUGCCUCCCUCUGUUGCAGUUGUUGGCCCUUUACACAUACCUCAGAGUAUAAAAUUUUCUUCUGCUCCUGUACUGCCUAAUGCCCCCUCUAGUAGUCCCGCUCCAAACAUACAGACAGGUCGACCUUUGGUCCUUAACUCACGAGCCACCCCUGUUCAGCUUCCUUCCCCUCCUUGUACAACUUCUCCAGUUGUCCCUCCUCAUCUCCCUGUCCAGCAAGUGAAAGAAUUGAAUUCAGAUGAGACUAGUCCUCAGGUGAGCACCUCAGCAGAUCAGAGCACUCUGCCCUCUUCACAGUCAACCACGGUGGUUUCUCCCCUUUUGACCAAUAGUCCAGGCUCUUCUGUCAACCGGCGAAGCCCAGUCUCAUCUAGUAAGGGCAAAGGAAAAGUGGACAAAAUCGGCCAGAUUUUGCUGACCAAGGCAUGUAAGAAAGUUACAGGCACUCUUGAGAAAGGGGAAGAGCAGUAUGGUGCAGAUGGAGAGACUGAAGGCCCAGGGCUAGAGACUGCAGCUCCAGGGCUUGUGGGAACAGAGCAGUUAUCCACAGAGCUGGACAGUAAAACCCCAACACCCCCAGCACCCACUCUGCUAAAAAUGACCUCUAGCCCUGUGGGCCCAGGCUCCGCUUCAGCAGGACCCAGCUUACCUGGCAGUACUCUCCCCACCAAUGUACGCUCGAUAGUAACCACUCUGGUACCCUCUGAGCUCAUCUCCGCGGCGCCGACCACAAAAAACAAUCAUGUUGGCAUAGCAUCUGAGCCACUUGCGGGUGGCCUAGUGGAGGAGAAGGUGGGAUCUCAUCCAGAGCUUCUACCCAGCAUAGCCCCUUCACAGAGUUUAGUCCCAAAGGAAGCUCCAGCCACAGCACUGCAGGGGUCUGUUGCCAGACCAGAACUCGAGGCAAAUGCUGCCAUAGUCUCUGGACAAAGCAGUGAGCCCAAAGAGGUAAUUGAAAAGUCCAAAACUCCAAGCCGAAGAAACUCCCGAACUGAAGAGCCAACUGUGGCUUCUGAAAAUGUGGAAAAUGGGCAUCGUAAGCGAUCCUCUCGGCCUGCUUCAGCCUCCAGCUCUACUAAAGUUUCUAGCACAGAUCACUUGUUUACUCAUGGCCCCACUCAUUGAUUCAUCCUCAGAAGCUGAGGCAGCUGCCAGAUCACUGGGUGCUUCGGAGCAGUGACAGAUGGGAACAAGCAAGGAAGGAACGGGGGAGGAGCAGGCCUGAGGUUGCUUAUCCCUCUCCUCCUUACCACUUUUCCCAGCCACAUGUGUGUUUUUCAGACACACCACUUGAUCUGUCAUUUCAUAACAAAGAAGAAGUUCCCAAAGUUGACCUAAUUAACAUAUUUUUCUAAGGAUGAACACUCGGUCAAGACAAAACUCUGUAUGUUUUUACUGCAAAUGACAAAUUUGCUACAGUGAAAAUGAAGCUUGAAAGUUGGACAUAAAGAGUUGAUUUUGGAGAGUUGUGAGCUAUAUGAGACUCAGUUUAUUUACAUGGAAUUAAAAUAAAGAACGCCAUUAUCAACAUCCUAUCAGGUUAACUGUCCUCUGAUUAGCAGAAGACUAAUGAGUAAAUCAGAGAAACUGAGUCUACCCACCUGGUACAAGCAUCAUGAUCUCCCAGCAAGAAGAUGUAUGUAUUGAAAUUUCCACCAACAGAAGCCUGAAAUCACUGCACAGGCCACCUUUGGGAAAGUCAUCCAAGCCUCACUUCUUAGCAAUUACUAUAGCUAACAGAGCUGUAAAAUUUUUGCUUUUGCAUCUGCAUUUCUGAGUCUGGGUUCUCAAAAUAUGAUACACUACAAGAGAGAAGAAAAAUUGCUUAGAAUACUGAACCUAACAUGAAUGUAGCAUCAGAAAAUUCAGCCCAGUUUCUGGAAAUGGAUAAAUCUGAUUCAUCUUACACAUUAAUAUGCUAAACAGAAAGCACUUUUUUGUCCUUGAUGGAAAAUAAUUCUUAAACAUUGUUUUCAUUUUAAAUCUAAAAUAUCUAUUAUGGAGCAGCAUGAAGAAUGAAGGUGAAUUUUUAAAAUCAAUAUGAGAUUUUAAAGAAAUGUUUACAGUUGAAGAGCUUCAGGCUAUUCAUUGCACCCUGCUGUAGAAGAAUUUUGUGUUGAAAACGUUUUUGAGAAAGAUGGUUUAAAUAUAGGAUGAGAUUAAAUUGGUUGAAGACAUGAAUAAUACGAGAAAAAGUUAAAGAAUUAAAACACACUCCUUCCCCUUUAUGUCAGUGUUGCCCUGUCACUGAUAUAUUCAGUUCUCACCUCUUCCAUGAAGCCCUCAGGCUCACCUAGGCUCAGAGCAGCCUGUGGCUUGCUCUGAGUUGCUUCCAUGCCUUCCAUACAUACACAGGUGUAUCCACAGCCUUGAUAAUUACCUGGCUAGGCCAUAGUAGUUGCUUCCUGACCAGAGGUCAUGUCUUGUUAUUUAGAGACUUUGACUAUAGCAUGGCAAAAAGAGUUCCUUACUGCAGAACAAUGGCUUGGCUCCAAAGGGGAUCAAUCUAGAGACUGCCUCUUACACUCUGGCAUAAUUUAUUCUCUUGCUUGGAGCAUCACUUACUGAUUUAUGACCAAAAUCACUGUCAGUCUGUCCAUGAUUUCCUUGAAUGAUGGGAACCAGUAAUGGAGAUUGUGGAGUUAAUUGCCCAGCUAAGGAAGCUCUCCCCACACUGGCGCUUCUUCCAGCAAUGUAUGUUUCUUCACCUCCUACCACCUGUAUCACAUUUCCCCUAUCGCCAGGCCCUAGUGUAUAAGGCCAAGAAGUCUGAGACCCUCUCUUGAGGCCCUUAAACUGAUUCAGAGUCCAGAACGGUUCCACUUAGGUCAGCCGUGGUUCUUGUGGACUGCCUAAAAGGCACUGUUUGCCUCAGCUAAACAUGUCCUUCCUUCCCC